UUUGCGUCAGUCACGGAAGGGUUGACGGGCAUCGGUGCUGUCCCCGUGUUGCAGUACCUCAACGACGGUGUCCUCGUCAGCAACGUUGCUCCCGUCGAUCCACCUGGCCGUCAACCGUCCUCGCACCCUCCGCCUUCCAUUCCAGAUCUCGAACGUCACGUCAACGUCCCUCGCGCCGUCGCCCGCCUCCAUCAGGCUUGUCAACACACCUUUGGAAGCACUGAUGCACUCAAGUUUGAUUUUGAUGAGGACGUCGCCACGCAUGCGAAACGUUGUGUUGUCACCAUCACCCGUCCCAACGGCUUGUCUCGCACGUAUGUCUCGUCGUCGGCUUGGGAGAAGAAGUACGAUGCCAAAGCCAGUGCAUGCUCCGUCGCCAUCGAGAACGGCGCGAUUGAAUUCAUCCAAGCGGGGGAGAAUGCCGGUUCGGUUGACCCUACCACACCAGGCGUUCUCUCUCUGCCUUCCGAGACGGAUGAAAGUGUCAAAACCAUCGAAAAGUGCUGCCUGGAAGUCACUGCCGGAACGGUCAAGCCCCACUGGCGAAUCAUCAACGAGCCCAAAUUUGGUAGAACGCAGGGCUGUGCACUACGGGUGCGCUUCAACGUCAAAGAAUAUCGCGUCUAUUCUGCCAACGUGAUAUACAGCUCUCCGUCUGAGGCGAUGAAAGCUUGUGCCGAGGCGGCUCUCGCUGAAGGAGUCCUCGACUUCAUCAAGACGUGGUCUACCGCUGCUGGAAGCCCUCCCGAAGACCCUCAACCUCCCACCAUCAUCACGUUGCAGCAGUUCUUCGAGUCAUUGCCCCAGCCCUUGCCCGAAACGCUGCCAUCGAAGGUUGCUUCGGAAAUCAACGGCCCCGCUUGGUUGAACGGGCUUAUCCAGUCUGCGAGAGGCGGGAAGAUUGUGCCCAAUUUCGUUUGGACCGCUGACCCUGUACUCGGAUUCCACGGGUGCCUCCUUCGUCUUGAGCGUCCCGGGGAAGUCAAAUCAUACCUCGUCGACCCACGCUUCUCGAAACGCACCGAAGCCAAGGCGGCCGUUUGUCUGCUUGCGAUGUGGGAAGGCGUGGGUGCCCACAUUCGGAGCAUCGCCAAAGCCAUUGAAGACAAGAUCCCGCCCCAGGCUCGCAAACACGCGAAUGAGGUGCUCGCGCCGACCCUCAAUACCGAGUACCGCAAGGUCAGAGGGCCAGGUGUCCCCCCUACAAUUGAACACGACCAAGAUCUCGAUGCCUGCGGCGCGACGCUUGUCGUCGAACUGGAGGCGAACCCGGACCCCAGUUCGAGUGCUCAGCUGGUACGAAGGUACUCCGUGCCUGCUGAGUACCGCAAUCGGGCGGAUGCGAAGCUCGCCGUCAUCAUAAAGGCGGUCGAUGAGGGCGUGAUUGACUUCCUGCGUCUGCGCGGCGCGCCACCGCCGCCUGGAUAC